AUGCUUAAUCGUCAGUAUAUGUUUUGGUGUCUUGAAUAUUAUAACUGUGAAUACGGAGAAUUGAGAAUAUUUCACAUUCUUCUUUGAAAACAAGAUUGUGUUUGCUGCACAUAAUGAAAGUGAAAGUUUGUAUUCUUAAUAGUAGGAAGAGUAAAGAUGGUGCAUUUUUUUUUUCCCUUUUUUUAGAAUGCAUCUGCAGAAUAAUGUCCUAAAAUUUAUGUGGGAACUUGUAAGCUUCAAAACUUGUUUUUACCAUUCCCUUUCUUGGAUUUGCUUAAAUAGAAAGCACAAGUAUGUGGGGCUUUUGAAAAUUUCUUUUGAACCUUGGCAUCUUGAAACAUUUUUAUAAAAUCCAUUUCCAAAAUCUUAACUCAAACUCUAAAGCAAAAUCAUGAUUGGUGGCUGUAGGUCACUUCCCCAAAAUUCUCAACGUACUCGACAUUGUCAGACUAUCAAACUUAAGGGUGUUGUUUACUGGCAACCACCCAAACAGGCAUUAAAAAAGGUGAAAGAACUUGUAUGGGAGCCAUCAAUUAGUCGUUAUGGUGCUGAUGAAGGUAUCUCUGAACUCAGGGAGGCAUUGACACUGAAGUUGCAAAAGGAAAAUAAAUUGUUGAAAUCUUCAGUUAUGGUUACUGCUGGUGCAAAUCAGGCAUUUGUGAAUCUUGUCCUUGCGUUGUGUGAUGCUGGGGAUUCUGUAGUCAUGUUUGCUCCGUACUAUUUCAAUGCAUACAUGUCCUUCCAGAUGACAGGCGUCACUAAUAUUUUAGUGGGUCCUUGUAACCCAAAUACACUUCACCCAGAUGCAGAAUGGUUGGAAAGGACGCUAUCAGAAACUAGACCAGUUCCAAAAGUUGUGACUGUCGUUAACCCUGGUAACCCAACCGGGACAUAUAUUCCAGAGGCCCUCCUCAAGAGGAUUUCAGAGAUAUGCAGAGAUGCUGGAUCCUGGCUUAUUGUAGACAAUACAUACGAGUAUUUUAUGUAUGAUGGUCUACAACAUUCCUGUGUAGAAGGUGAUCAUGUUGUCAACAUCUUUUCCUUCUCAAAAGCCUAUGGGAUGAUGGGAUGGCGGGUUGGAUACAUAGCAUAUCCAUCAGAAGUGGAGGGUUUUGCAACUCAACUUCUUAAAAUCCAGGACAAUAUACCAAUAUGUGCCUCAUUACUUUCACAGUACCUUGCCCUCUACUCCUUAGAAAUGGGACCGGAGUGGGUGACCGAGCGAGUGAAAGAUCUCGUGAGAAACAGAGAAAUUAUUCUGGAAGCUCUCUCCCCUUUAGGAGAAGAUGCUGUAAAAGGUGGAGAAGGUGCAAUUUACCUGUGGGCAAAGCUCCCUGACAAAUAUCUUGAUGAUUUUAAAGUUGUUCGCUGGCUUGCUACGAGGCACGGGGUGGUUUUGAUUCCGGGAGGAGCUUGUGGAUGCCCAGGGCAUAUCAGGAUCUCGUUCGGGGGCUUGGUAGAGGCGGACUGUAAAGCUGCUGCGGAGAGGCUGAGGAGAGGAUUAGAAGAAUUAGUGAACCAUGGAAUGAUGGAGUAAAAGUGUUCUACAGCCCAUUGAAUAUCAAAAUGGGAAAUCCAAUCACCAGUUUGUUCAAGUUAACAAUUGGUGCAUUUGAAUAACAUGGAGGGUACCUAAGUGGUGAAUUGUCUUGAACUAGAACAAUGGUUCAGUAAAUGACAUUGUUAAGCUUUUUCCUGGA